AUGCCCACCAUCGGCGUGGACAAGGCCGAUCUCUACAAGGCAUUGGGAAGAGAAUACACCAAAGAUGAGUUCGACGAGUUAUGUUUCGAGUUCGGAAUUGAGCUGGAUGAGGACACCUCGGAGUCAAAGAGGCCGAUUGUGGACGGAGCAGAAGAGAGACCCCAAUUGAAGAUUGAGAUACCUGCCAAUCGGUAUGACAUGCUUUGCUUCGAGGGCAUCGCUAUGAACCUCAAUAUCUUCCUGGGCCGACAGACCAUACCCAACUACAGACUGGUACCACCUCCCAAUGGCGAACUAUUGACCGUCAAUGUGAGUCCCGAGACUGCGAGAAUACGACCGUUCUUCUCCUGUGCCAUCCUUCGAAAUAUCAAGUUCGACAAGGUCCGCUACGAGUCUUUCAUCGCGCUUCAAGACAAGCUCCACCAGAAUCUCGCCCGCCAGCGUACGUUGGUUGCCAUUGGCACCCAUGACUUGGACACUCUUGAAGGCCCGUUCUCGUACGAGGCCCUUCCACCAGAGCAGAUCAAAUUUGCGCCUCUCAACCAAACGAAAGUCAUGAACGGCAAGGAGAUGAUGGAGUUCUACGAAAAGGAUAAGCAUCUGUCCCGUUACCUCCCUAUCAUUCGAGACUCUCCUGUGUACCCAAUCAUCUACGACAAAAACCGCACAGUGCUUUCCAUGCCACCCAUCAUCAACAGCAACCACUCCAAGAUUACCUUGGACACCAGGAACGUCUUCAUCGAUAUUACAGCUACCGACAAGACCAAAGUUGAAAUCGUCAACCACAUGCUUGUAUCCAUGUUCUCGCAAUACUGCGCGGAACCAUUCACCAUCGAGCCGGUAAAGAUCGUCUCGCCUCACAAUGGCGAGUCGAGAGAAGCGCCCGACUUGACCCCGCGAGCAACUCAGGCGUCUGCGGGCUUCAUCAACUCCGUUUGCGGGCUCCAAGAAUCAAGAGAAUCGAUUUGCAACAUGCUGAAGAAGAUGUGCUACCACGCGAAGCCAUCGACUAGUGACAGUGACCUUUUGGACAUCGACGUACCCAUCACUCGCGCAGACGUUCUGCAUCAGGCCGACAUCAUGGAGGACGCCGCCAUCGCCUACGGCUUCAAUAAUCUUCCGCGCAACUUUCCCAACACCAACUCUUCAGUAGCGGCAGCUCUGCCGAUCAACAAGCUUGGGGAUAUCGUGCGCUCAGAAGCAGCGAUGGCCGGUUGGACUGAAGUCAUGCCGCUCAUUCUUUGCAGCCACGAUGAGAACUACGCAUGGCUAAACCAAAAGGACGACAAUAUGGCGGUCCGACUAGCUAAUCCAAAAUCUCUCGAGUAUCAGAUAGUCCGCACAUCGCUCAUUCCAGGUCUCCUGAAGACAAUCCGAGAGAACCGCAAGCACGCGAUUCCGAUGAAGGUCUUCGAGGUUGCGGAUGUUUGUUUCAAAGACGCAAGUCUAGAGCGACGCAGCCGGAACGAACGUCAUUUCGCCGCUGCGUGGUACGGCAAAACGAGCGGUUUCGAGCAAGUCCACGGUCUCUUGGACAGAAUCAUGCUCAUGCUCAAGUCGAGCUUCAUUACCCGGGAGGAUGGGUUGGAGAACAAUGAGAUCCAAGGAUACUGGAUUGAGCCCGUUCACAGUAAGUCCUGGAUGUUAAUUCCUCUUGACGACUUCUUGCGACUAACUUCCGUAGACCCGACGUACCUCAACGAGGCAGCGGCCAUCUACCUCAAGCUCGCUGGGAAGCCGCAGCGCAUCGGCACCUUUGGCGUUUUACACCCCACCGUUCUGAAGCACUUCGACCUGCCAUUCCCAACUUCUGUCCUCGAGAUCAACAUUGAGGUAUUCCUGUAG